GUUCAAUAUUGCAACCACGAUGUCCAUUGCACACGGAAUAAAACGACUAGGUGUCCUCGGUGCAGGCCAAAUGGGCACCGGCAUCGCCUUCGUAUCCGCCCUCCACGCCAAAGUCCCAGUCCUCCUCCACGACAAAUCUGCACACCAAAUCUCCAAAGGCCUCUCCCUCAUAGACAAGCUCCUAGCCAAAGAUGUGUCUAAAGGCCGGCUCCAACCGUCCGAUGCAGAUGAAGCGCGUGCACGCAUCCAAACCGUAGACGCCCUCGAAGCCAUGCGCGAUGUAGAUAUGGUCGUAGAAGCCGUAACUGAGAACCUAGACCUCAAACGCGCUAUAUUCCGUGAUUUUGCGGCGAAGAUCCGUCCGGAUGCGAUUUUGGCUACAAACACGUCUUCGAUUAGUAUUACGAAGAUUGCGCGGGCCGUUAUUCCCGAGGGGGCAUCUGCGGCGGGGGAGGAGGGGAAGGCUGCGUCUGGGAGGGUGGUUGGUCUGCAUUUUUUCAACCCUGUACCUGUCAUGAAACUCGUGGAGCUCAUAUCUGCGGUGCAAACGUCACAAGACACGCUAGAUCGCUCACGCGCAUUCGCUGAAGCGUGCGGGAAAGAGGUCGCUACGUCGCAGGACGUGCCUGGGUUCGUGUCUAACGCGUUGCUUAUGCCGUUUAUCAAUGAGGCGAUCAUGUGCUUAGAGAAGGGCGUUGCGACUCGUGAUGACAUCGACAAGACGUUCAGGUUGGGCAUGGCACAUCCUAUGGGGCCGUUACAACUUGGUGAUUUUAUCGGUCUUGAUACUUGCCUCUCUAUUCAACAGACGCUCUACAAGGGUACCUCGGAUUCCAAGUAUCGCCCUUCGGUGUUGCUUGAGCGUAUGGUGGAUGCUCAGUAUCUUGGAAAGAAAAGCGGUCGAGGAUUUUAUGAGUACAAUAACUGAUAAUUAUCUCCUACUUGUAUCCAUCUACGUGCAAAGAACACUAUUUUUUCCGGAAU